GGGCGGGCGGCGCCCGGCCCGGCACGGAGAUAUAAGGCCGGCGGCACCAGUGGGGGCACCCGUGCUGGGGGCUGCCAACGCGGAGCUGCAACCAUGGUGCUGUCCGCGGCUGACAAGACCAACGUCAAGGGUGUCUUCUCCAAAAUCGGUGGCCAUGCUGACGAUUAUGGCGCCGAGACCCUGGAGAGGAUGUUCAUCGCCUACCCCCAGACCAAGACCUACUUCCCCCACUUUGACCUGCAGCACGGCUCUGCUCAGAUCAAGGCGCAUGGCAAGAAGGUGGCGGCUGCCCUAGUCGAGGCUGUCAACCACAUCGAUGACAUCGCGGGUGCUCUCUCCAAGCUCAGUGACCUCCACGCCCAAAAGCUCCGUGUGGACCCUGUCAACUUCAAAUUCCUGGGCCACUGCUUCCUGGUGGUGGUUGCCAUCCACCACCCCUCUGCCCUGACCCCAGAGGUCCACGCUUCCCUGGACAAGUUCCUGUGCGCCGUGGGUGCCGUGCUGACUGCCAAGUACCGUUAGACGGCACCGUGGCUAGAGCUGGACCCACCCUCUUGCCAGCCUUCCAACAGCGAGCAGCCAAAUGAUCUGAAAUAAAAUCUGUUGCAUUUGUGCUCCA